UUAAAACUCCGCGCCGCACAACUCAGCCUCCCUGAGGAGCUCGAAGGUCUCGAGCCUCCCGCGCGCAUUCCUGCAUCCCGCAACUGCGCCGCAUUGCCAGUAGGUCAAAGCCAUCCCAGGCUCGCGCGCAAGCCCCCCGCGAGCCGCCCUACACCAUGAGUGACCAGCCUCCUGACCAGCCCAUGGAGGACGCCGCGCCGGCCGACGCGCCGCCGCCCCCAAGCCCGGCCGACGUCAUCCUCCAGCGCGCCCAGCGCAAUUCAAGAGGAGUCGAUCGCGAGGCCGAGGCCGCCGAGCAGCGCUGGGCGUCCCUAGGCGGCGGCAGCGCGCUCGGUGAUGGCACGACGGAAGCGGCCGCGCCGGCGCCGGCUCCUCAACAAUUGGAGACGCUCGACGUCCGCGUGACCUUCUUCGCCGACGGCUUCACGGUCGAAGAGCAGAAGCCCAAAGAGACGAAGCCCGAGCCCCCGAGGCCGAGGCGCGGCGGCACGGCCACGCUCCAGGACUUCGCCGCGCCGCCGAGACCUCCGACACUCCCGACGGACUUCCCGGAGCUGCGGCCGUUUGAUAGUGACGAGUCGCGGGAGUUCCUGGAUCAUUUAGCUAGAGACGAGGUGCCUCCAUCUUUGAGAAGACCGAACCGGCGCGUGCGGUUUGGCGUGGCCGACGCGCGGCCGAUGCCCUGCCCCUGGGGGCCGCAGGCGCCGUCGCGCGAGGCGCUACAAAGGGCGAUGGGCCGCCAACGAAGAGCAGCGCCAGUGCAGGAGAAGUUUGUCGGUGAGGGCCAGGCGCUCGGCGGCUCUUCGACGCCGGCCGUCGAGGACACUGCGCCGCUGCCCGACGCGCCCGUCGUCGACGCCUCGAAGCCGGUCGCGAAGUUCCGUUUGCGCCUCGCGUCGGGCAAGGCGCUGGCCGUCGAGCUCAACCAGGACCAUACCGUCGGCCACCUGCGCGCGUUUAUCGGGGCGCAGGGCGCGGGCGACAAGCCCUACGACCUCCUCGCGGGCUUCCCGCCGAAGCCCCUACUGGACGCGGGGCAGACCGUCGGCGCCGCGGGCCUCGCCGGCGGCGCCGUCUCCCAGAAGCUCCGGGCCUAGUCGUUUUCGUUUCCCUCCCUCUGUAAGUAAGCGUAGUUCUCCUCGUGC